AUGGCCUUAAAAACCUUAUUCUGUCAGAUACUUGGUGUGCUUAAUGAAGGACAGAAACCAGAAAAACCAGAAAAGUGUCCCGGCUGGCUAUAUGAUGACGUCAUGAUUCCUUGUUGGCAUAGCGAUAGAUCGUGCAGACCAUCAAUUUGUGACAUAGUGGGAAUCAUGUCAGAGAGGAUAAGUGAGAACCAAGGCAUCGCAGCUUCAAGUUUAAAAACAGACAAAAGAUCAUUAAAUAAUGAAAAUGAUACAUCCCAAGAAACAAUCACCAAGGAACAAAAUCUUGAUGGUGGAUAUUUGGAUGCUGGAGACACUGAUAAACAACAACGCUUAGGAUAUUACAUGUUAGGUCAGACUACAGAAAACCAGUAUGAUGAUAUUAUGAAUACCAAUUCCAAUUCUUCCAGAAGAAACUUUGAAAGUUCUACCCAGUCAUUUACUCUAAAUGACAAAGAAAUGGCACAGUUUGAUGUGACUGACCACCAACCUUCUUCUGUGUUGUCAUCGUCAUCUUUUGUGUCCCCUAUGACAAACACAAACUUAGGAUUUCCUAAUGUUCGAGUCACAGACCCACGACCCUUCAAUGAUAGGUCUCGGGCAUUUGGAGUUACGAACAUGGACUACGAAUCUAACAAUACAAAAAGCAACCCACUUUUUGAUAGUUUUCUAAGUAGUGACGGAUUCUCAGCAAGCCUAUUCACAAAAACAGCUACAGCAAGUUUAUCCACAAACACAACUAGAGCAAGCUUAUCCAUAAAAACAACUACAGCAAGCCUAUCCUCAAACACUACUACAGCAAACUUAUCCACAAACACAAGAAAAGAAGAAUUGGAAAAAGGAAUUCCUGGUAGCAUGGUGCUGACAGAUACUAAUUCUGACUCAGUGAAUAAAUCAUCAGAUUUUACCAGCUCACAGAGUCAGGCAUAGAUUUGUUCUUACUUUUCGAAAAAAAAAAAAAAUGCAUUUAUGCACAAUUUUUCAGUUUAAAAAAAAUCCAUUUUACUCUUUUUGGUGCAAUCAUAUAUGACUUGUAGCCAUGUCUAAGAGGAAUAGUGUUAUACGGUCAACAAGAAAGGUGCCUUUAACAUAGUUAGUUUAGAAGCACCGGAU